AUGAUGGUGAUGAUGGUGGUGGCUGUGGCUGAGCAGGUCUUUCCCGAGUAUACUUGUAAGGUGGACUCAGUUGAGGUGCUGUUCUCAAAAGAGACCAUCGAGGUGGGCAGCAAUGACUUCUCCCAGUUAGUUGGCGAGGAAUUUGCAAGCUUUUUCGACUUCACCGAUCAGUCCAUAGAUGCAGCACUGCGACAUUUCAUGACCAAAUUCGCUCUUACGGGCGAAUCCCAGGAGCGGGAGCGCAUUCUCUUCCACUUCUCCCGUCGCUACGUUGCCUGCAAUCCCAGUGUUUUUGUUUCCGAUGGCAAUACGCUAACUGAAAUUUUGGUUAUCAUGGUGUAUAUCGGUCAGGUUGAUGCUUGA